UUGAGACUGAGCCCGCUAGAGGAACGACGCUUGCACUGCUACCAACGGAGAGCAGACCACUCUCGAGUUGCAAUCUGAACGGUUUUAUUGAAAGUUUCGGUGAUUUUUUUUUAUCUGACAAAUUCAGGCGAUUCUGAAUUUGAAAUACAAACUCAUGUGGAUUUUUGCUUCGAAAUUUGUGGCCUAAGAAACUGUUGUUUUUUUCCCGAAUUCCAUACGGAUUACGAAGCAUGGCCCACUUGAUCUACAGCUCAACUUUCGGAUCAAUAAAAACUGUUUUUCACUAGAUUGGUUGUUGAACAUCAGUUUCAUUACUGUGAUCUAAUGCUCCAAAGAUUCUAAGUGCUUGAAUUCCCAACCAAGAGUUAUUUUCCAAGUGCGAGUAGAAGAAACAGUGAAAACAAGUGUUGGGAGCCACCAAGCCUGUUUGUGCCAGUUAAUUUUUUCUCACUUGGAGAAUUGAAAAGUAAAACACAAUAAAAACAAAAUGGUGGGUGGAAGUGAAGUCCAAAGUGGAUCCGUUGAAGAUAUGGCAUUGGAAGAACUGCAAGCAUUAAUACCAUCUUUAACCAUAAGCUCGAUGCCUGGAUUGUUGACAUUAUGUCCAUCUAGAGCUGAAGUGUUGGUAGCGAAAGAGCCACUCCAUCAACUGUACACAGUGGAAAGUCAUCCUUUUGCCAGGGGUAAAUUUGCUGCUGUUAAACGAUGUCGGAAUACCAUAACGGGUGAAGAGUUUGCUGCCAAAGUCAUUCGAAAAAGACGUCGAGGUGGCGGACCUACACCUGAAUCGUUGCACGAAGCAGCAACUUUGGACUUGUGCCGUUCAUGUCCACACAUUGUUCGGCUGGAACAAGUGUACGAUACACCCGGAGAAACUAUUCUCAUUUUACAAUUAGCCAAAGGGGGAGAACUGCAAAGCGUGCUCGAUCGCGAUGAAAUUCCGGAAGAAGAGGAUGUUGUUCGAUUCCUACGCCAAGUUUUGGGCGGUUUGUCCUUCUUACAUCAAUUUGAUAUAGCACAUUUGGAUUUAAAGCCUCAGAAUUUGCUACUCACGGGGCCAUUCCCUGAUUGUGAUAUAAAACUGUGCGACUUUGGUAUCGCCAGACAUAUUGCUCGUGGAGCAGAUGUUCGUGAGAUUUUAGGAACUCCCGAUUAUGUUGCACCUGAAAUAUUGAACUACGAACCUAUCAGUCUAGCAACAGACAUGUGGUCCGUUGGUGUUCUGGCGUAUGUAUUGCUUACUGGUUGUACACCUUUUGGAGGAGAAACCAAGCAAGAAACUUUCUGUAAUAUCACCCGCUGCCAAUUGGAAUUUCCCAAUGAUCUGUUCCAGAAUGUUUCUGCAACUGCUAUUCAAUUCAUUUCCAGCCUUCUCACUCAGGACCCUAGUUCUCGCCUGACUGCCCAACGAUGCCUCGAUCAUCCCUGGUUACGUGUCGGCUCGUCCAUCGAUAAAAUUCCGUCGUUUCUUCAAAAUUGCGAAGACUCUUCCACGCUUUCCUGCAACAGCACUAUCGUCCCUGAUGAUGAGGAUCUUGGAGACGAUCAAACGGACGUGGGCAGUGUGUUCCAGGAUACGCUGGACGAAACGGUUGUCGAUUGUCCAACGGCCCCCGUCACCGGAGUUGAUUCUUCUGCUAACUUAGUGCCUUUGUCAUCGGCCUCUCCAAAGCUAGUCGUUCUUCCCGCACGGACAGAUGCCAACAAACCGAAACUUUGCGCAGUGUCUGAGGACUCUACUUUUACUAGUUACACCGUUAGUCGACGAGGGAAUUCGCUGCCAUAUCGCUUUCGAGCCCCAGCCAACCGAAGAGAAACCUCUUGCGAUCGAACUAGCGACUUAGGUUACGGGAGCGACGGAGUCAGCGAAAUCUCUUCGGCUGAUUCGUCGAGCGACCGAUCUAGCAUUAUAUCUCUGGAUGACACUCCAUCAGAAUGGACCCAACCCGCCAUGCGCCGGUAUUCGGAUACAUCUCUGGCGGCUGAACGCUUGUGGCGUCGGACAUGGGAGCGUUUCCUUCCCGCUACCGCCGGCACAUGUGUCGGCCUUCCUAACCAUCUCUUUCGUCAAGACUGCGAACGUGACCAAGCUACAAACGGUCCAGAGUCCAGCCGACCGUGGGAGAGAGUCUGCGUUGGGAGUCGCGCACGGGCUUUGGAGCGUUUUAAUACCUCGCCUCCGAGUACUGCGCCCGAGCUCUCCAAAUCCUCACACACACUGUCUUUAUCGCUGCCGAUCCGGCCAGCGGUGAAGGUACCCGAAGUUCGGACCCGGUUGCUCAAAGGCCCAGUCUCAACUGCAAAAUCGUCGCCUAUGCUGAUCAAGUCCCCUCUUGUUCAUUUAGACAAAGCCGAGACUGUGAGAUCUCGCGUAGUCAAGUUUCAGUCGGUUUCCAGCAGCAUAUCUACGUCGUAGAAUGGUAGUUUGACUGCUCCACGUGGUACUCCAAUCUUUUUUUUCUUUUGCCCUAUCCCCCACCCCCCUUUGGUGUACUUUGUCUUUUUCGUCAUAGCUAAGUCGGCUAGACUUCAAAGCUAGCUUGAAACAGGACUUUAGCGAAGUUGUGACCUAUUCCAGAACUAUCCGCCCUUUUCCUUAUUUAAAUUUACAUUUUUAUCAUUAUUGCCUAGAUAAUCCCCCCCCCUCUUCCCCCCACUGAAAAAUGUUAAGCUAGUCACUCUGGCACUAGAAGCAUUCACGCAUUUUCGCACAUGUCUGUUGUUAUUUGAACAGAACGCUUCUCCAUUCCUGAUUUGUAUUAUUUUCCUCCCGUUCAGGCCACCAUACAAAUUUCCUAAUAUAAUCACUCCAUACAAUGCCUGUUAACAAAUUCAAUUCGUUUCCCAUUCCAAAGCAAAAUGAAAUCCACCGUAAAUCUGGAUUACUUUCGACGUGGCUAUGAUGGCUGGCAAAAUUUGUUGAUUUCCUCAGAAUCCCUUUUGUUUGUACAAGAGCCUAAGUCGUUCACUGUUGUUCUGACUUGUAGACCAUACAAAAAAAACACCAGCAAAAUCAUCCUUGCAAAGGGUUUAGAUCUAAAUUACUCUUCUGUCUGAAGUGUAAAUAUUUCACACAUCAAUUUUGGCUAUAUGCAGUCCUCUCUGUAGCAAAUGAAGUUUAAUUACUUCAAAUUUUGCAAUAUCCCCUCCCUUCGGACGCAUAAUGUUUUCUUGAAUCCCAAACCUGAACCUAAUAUUCAAAGGAAGGGCAUACCAAGUGAACAAUAUAAAAUUGGAAAGAGGCAAUGACAGCGUGUUAACCUAUUAAUAGUUGAUACGGAAAUCUCUGCAAUACAUACAGUCCUUUUCGGAUAA